AUGAUGGCGGACGAAAUAUUGCCCAUUGAAAUUGACACCGUCACUUCACAAGACCAAAGAAAGACGGAGAACUCUGUCGAACGCGAAAAGGACUACACGCGAUAUAUCAUUAAAUCAAAAUUUCUAUCCUAUUCAUUUAACAACGAGCUCCACUCAAAGUGGCUGAUCGCGUCUGCUACACACCCGCUCCCAUCGUCUUUCGAGACUUUGGAAUCGUCAACAACUUGGAUUUUGUACUGGACUUUGAACUCGCUCCGUUUACUCAAAGCAAACGUCACUGACUUACUUCCGAGAUUCGAGACUGCUCUUGCUCUUGUCACUGCGCCUGACGGAGUUUUUAAAGGGUCGCAACUCACACGCCCAAUCAUCGCUGGGUGCUACUCAGGAAUCAACGCAAUGAUUUCCAUUGGAACGACAAAGGCUUACCAGUGCAUCGACAGACGCGCGAUUUACAAUUUUUUGAUGUCGUGCAAAUUUCCAGACGGUUCUUUUGAGAUGAACAAGGACGGAAGCGAUACCGACACGAGAAGCAGCUAUUGUGCGAUGACCACUGCAAUUGUUUUGAACAUUUUGGACGAAAAUCUUUUGAAAGGAGUUGCUGAGUGGUUGUUGAAAUGUCAAACGUACGAAGGUGGGUUUUCGGGUAACCCUGGGGGAGAGGCACAUGGCGGCUAUACAUACUGCGCUGUUUCUGCACUUGCGUUGCUUGGCAGAGUUGAUGAGAUUGAUAUUGACAAGUUGGUCAGGUGGCUUAUUCAGCGCCAAAUGCCUGUGGAGGGCGGGUUCAACGGGAGAAUCAACAAGUUGGUUGAUGUGUGUUAUACAUUCUGGCAAGCGGCGGUAUUUGGUGUUCUUAAGAAGUACUCAAAGAAGUUCCAAGCGAUCGAUGUUAUGCCAGAUGUCGAGAAGUUACUUGAUUACGUCAUCCUUGCGAGUCAAAGCAAAGACGGAGGGUUCAGAGACAAACCCACAAAAAGUGUUGACUUGUAUCACACGAAUUAUUCUCUCUCCGGUAUGUCGGCAGUUUUGUACGCAACCAACCAUAAGAUGAAAGACCAAAUUGGGCAGGUAGAACCUGCAAUGGGUGUUGAUCUUGCCUUGUUUAAACAGGCAUGUGACUACUUCAAGUCAAUUUAA